GGCAAAGGCAGGGGCGACGGCAGCGGCAUCGGCAGCAGCAUCAUGGAGCAGAGGUUGCGUGUCUUCGGGGACCCCAAGGUUGAACUUCAUGUCCACCUAGAUGGAGCCAUUCGACCAGAAACAAUCUUGCACUUUGGCAGGAAAAGAGGGGUUCCUCUCCCUGGCAGCACUGUUGAUGACCUCCUGAAGCAUGUCAGCUACAAAACACCAUUGACAAUUACCCAAUUUCUAGAGAAGUUUAAUCACUACAUGCCUGCCAUUGCGGGUGACCGUGAGGCAGUGAGGAGGAUUGCCUAUGAGCUUGUGGAAACAAAAGCAAAAGAAGGCGUCAUCUACGUGGAGGUCCGGUACAGCCCUCACCUCCUGGCCAACUGCUGUGUGGAUCCCAUCCCCUGGGGCCAAACCCAGGGAGACCUCACUCCAGACGAAGUCGUUAACCUCGUAAAUCAGGGACUACAGGAUGGAGAAAGGGAUUUCCGCAUCAAAGCCAGGUCUAUUCUAUGCUGCAUGCGCCAUAUGCCAAGCUGGUCUCUGGAGGUGGUGGAGCUCUGCAAGAAGUAUCGAAACAACUCUGUGGUGGCCAUCGACCUGGCUGGAGAUGAGUCCCUGAAGACAGAAGAUUUCUCCGAGCAUAAGGCAGCUUAUGAGGAAGCUGAAAGAUGUGGGAUUCAUCGUACUGUCCAUGCUGGGGAGGCCGGCCCGCCUGCCAGGAUCAAGGAGGCAGUUUAUCUCCUGAAGGCCGAGCGCAUUGGCCAUGGCUACCAUGUCCUGGAGGACCCUGAGCUGUACAAGGAGCUGUUGAGAACAAAGAUGCAUUUUGAGGUCUGCCCUUGGUCCAGUUAUCUCACUGGAGCGUGUCUUCCAGACUUUGGGAAACACCCAGUAGCACAAUUUAGGAAGGAUCGUGCCAACUACUCUAUAAACACAGAUGAUCCCCUCAUCUUUAACUCCAAUAUUGACAAGGAUUACAGCAUAGUGAAGGACUACAUGGGCUUCACUGAAGAGGAGUUCAAGAGAGUGAACAUCAACGCAGCUCAGUCCAGCUUCUUACCUGAGAAGGAAAAGCAGGAACUGCUGAACACGCUGUAUGAAGCCUAUGGGAUGGUCCCCAAUGCAUCGUGACCCAUCCCUGUGAGCCAGCAUGGAGCGGUGGCCCUUCUUCAUGCGUGCUUGACUCUCCCCUGUGUUAGUGGGAGCACUGGGAGAAGGUGCCUGGAGUCAGCCUCUAUUACUGGCACCCCUGUGUUAACCCUUACAGUGCUAAGCAGAAUCAAGCUAUCACAUACACCUACCUAUACCCCCACAAACUCUCUUGCAAAUGGAUGCCCAGCUUCCUAUCUUGCUGUUGUGCAAGCAGACUGAAAUUGCCUCCUGGCCAGACUCUGUUCUCCAUCUGCCAGUCUUUCUGUACUGCAAGUGCAAACAGAACUUCCCCUGCUUUUGUUUUUUCCUCUUCCCCUGCUUUAUCUGUCCUGCCCCACUGACCUGCCUAGGCCUUGUCUGCAGUGCAGACAUAGCCACCUUUAACUGUGACUGUGGCCUGGUAAAGGUGUGUUAGUGCUGACGGGGAGCGAGCAGGCACUGCAGAAACAGCGGCUUUAGUCCCAUGUGUGUGGUUAGGAAGGUUUGGCCACAGCUGUAUUUACCCAGGGUUAGUCUUGUACUAGAAAGACAGGAACAAGAACAGGCUGGAAGCUAGUGCUCAUGCCCAUGCACAGCUCUGACGGGCAUUCAAAAAAAAAAAAGAGAUUUUUUGCAUCCUUUCUCAGAUAAGGACUCCCAUGUAUCAGGCCACCCAAUGUCACAGCUGCAGAAGCACACAUCUUGGGCUCAGGCUCCAGCUUUGCUAAGAGCUGGCCAUGACGAUGCAUAGAAAGUUGGAACAUAUUUUUACCAUUUCUGGGCCAAAAUCUGCCUUCUGGGACUUUUCCCAGUUUUGUUCUCAUCCUGGAGAAUUUCUGUCAACUGCAAUUUUCUCUUCCUCUAACUUUGUUUAGGACUUGGAAAAACCAUGAUUGAUUGUUUGUUUUAACCAUGUUGCCCUCUUCCUGACUUGAUGUAAUCUUUAGGCGCUAUUAAAACUGAAUAGUAAAUUAAUCAGCUAGGGCCCAAUGUCACAUGUUGACUCAGGUGCCAUCUGAAUUGCUUCUCUCACUCAGCACUGGCUAUAAGUCAGAUCUUCAGUUUGGUGGAGAAUUUAUACAGAAAUAUUCACCAAAAUUCCUAAGCAAUUUUGGUGCAUUAUAAUAUUUUUACUUAAUAUGCAAUAGAGCCUCGCAUCUAGAAGGCCUAUAAUUUUCUUAUGUGAGUGUGUAGUGUGCUUUAGCAUCCCAGGUAUCUGCCAAGAUGCUUACUCCAAAGAUACUGUACCAAAACGUUGGGUUUGGUACAACUGUACAAUACUGUACCAUUUGCUUUUGACAAGGGGCCGUGGUUACCAUUACCACAGACAGUGUGUGAUGCUGCUCCUGUCUCAGCCAGCAGCAACUGCAUGCUGGGAGUAUUUCCAUUCUUUCUGGGAUUCCAUAUUUGUCUUCUGAGUAAAAAGCCUCAUCUCUGAAGUACAUUAUACAUAUAUACACGUAUAUAUAUAGCUAGGUAGAUGGAUAUGAGAGAGAGAAUUUCUUACUUUUAUAAAGCAAAUGAUAAAGCAUCACUUUUAAGAACAGGAUUGCAGUAAGAGACAGGAUUUUUUGUGUGAUUUUUCUGCAAAAAUUGUAUCUGAAGAAGAGCUGCUUGUUUGGAUUCUUGGACAGUUGAUUGUUAAUCCUAUUUAACAAAAUAAUACAUUUAUAUUAAAAGAUAAA